AAUUUUCAUACAUAAAGCGUGUGCGUGUGUUUGUGAAUGAUUGUGUGUAAGGAAAGCCUUCAAUGAGCCACAUAAGUGAAUUUCCACAAAACAUUUAACUAGUAAAAUCUAUAUAAAUUAAAGAAAACUAUACUCACACAAAAUGCCGGAUGCAGUGCAGCAAAGUUUUGUGCGCUCCUUCAUUGAUUACUUGAAGAAGCAGGUGGACGUGAUGUCGCCGGAUCAAAGUGAAAGCAUUGAAGUCGCCAUUCAAUGCUUGCAGGCUGCCUUCGAUGUGGGUGAUGAGGAGCCCCAAGAGCAGCAGGCAACUGCAACCACACAAAGUACAACAUCAUCGGCGGCUUCGGCUCCUGGUGGUGAUGCAGCAGCGGCUUCUUCAUCGGCGCCCAGCACCAGCGGCGUUAACACCAAGAACAUUGAUAUGUUUGAGCUCUUCCAAUCGCUGUACAUUGAACGCAAUCCCGAAUCCUUGGCACUGGCUGAGUCCAUCAAGAACGAGGGCAAUCGUCUGAUGAAGGACUGCAAAUACAAUGAGGCGCUGUUGCAAUAUAAUCGCGCGAUUACCUUUGAUCCCAAGAAUCCCAUCUUCUAUUGCAACCGAGCUGCGGCACACAUUCGACUGGGCGACAACGAACGCGCCGUGACAGAUUGCAAGUCUGCGCUCCUGUACAACUCCAACUACAGUAAGGCGUACUGUCGCCUGGGCGUGGCAUACUCCAAUCUGGGCAAAUUCAAUGAGGCGGAACAGGCGUAUGCUAAGGCGAUUGAGUUGGAGCCGGACAAUGCUGACUAUCGCAACAAUCUGGAGGUCGUGCGCAAUGCACGCAAUCAGCCGCCACAGCUAUCGCAUCUGACAGAUGGCCUGAAUGCUAUGUUGACGAAUCCAGCUAUACGCAAUUUAUUCAGCAGCGCUGAGAUUGAUCUGGAGCAACUGCAAUCGAUGACACAGAAUCCGAUGGUCAUGAACACGAUUGGUCAAUUGUUCAGCAACAUGGGUGGACCCCAGGGCGGUGCACCUGGUGCUGGGGCACCUGGCGCUGCUCCUGGACAAGUGCCAGCAAUGCCUAACGAUAUGUUGCAGUUGUUCCAGAGUUUCGCCACACAGCUGGUGGGUGCCCAGCAGCAGCAAGGCGGCAAUCCUGGAGCAGGUGGACAGCAGCCAGGUGGCGGCAACCAGCAGCCUCCUCCAAGCGUCUAGAUGCAUCAACGAUGUGUCCGUGUGGUGUUAGUCCAAUAUAACAACACAUCUACACUAUCAUGUUGUACUAUGGAACAGCAAAUGAAUUGCUUAAAUGUUACAAGCUUAUAAACUAAACAUAAUACACAUACAUAUAUAUUUUUAUUAAUGCUAAAUAAAUAAAUACAACACACGACGAAACAA